AUGGCAAAUAACAGGAACAUUUCAUGUAAAUAUGAGGACAUCAUCUCCAACAGUAAACUGAUUUGUGAAGGAUCUCCCAAAGUCUACCAGCUGAGAACAGAUAAAAAGACCAUUGACACUCUCACAAGAAUCAAUGUUGGUGAAAGAAACGUGAACAAGUUGAAUAAAACUAUCUUACUUGUGGGAGAAACAGGAGCAGGAAAAUCUACUCUAGUCAACGCUCUGUUCAACCACAUGGUGGGAGUGAAGUCGGAGGAUGAAGUCUGGUUUGAGAUUGUAGAAGAAGAAAAGGGGAAACGUAAGACAGAAAGUCAGACACCAGAUGUGAUCGUGUACAAGUUUUUUGGUUUUGGAGAUGAAACUCUGCCCUACUCUCUGACCAUCAUCGACGCUCCUGGAUUUGGAGACACCAGAGGAGCUGAACACGACGUCAUCAUCAGUCAAAGGUUGUUGGACCUGUUCCGAUCAGCUGAUGGAGUUCAUGAAGUUAAUGCAGUGGGUCUGGUGAUGAAGGCCAGUGAUAAUCGACUGAGUGAUCGACAGAUCUACGUCUUGGGUUCAGUGAUGUCUCUGUUUGGAAAAAACAUGGAGGAAAACAUAGUAGCUCUCCUCACACACUCAAAUGGAAUGCCAAAUCCAAAUGCAGUUCAAGCCAUUGAAGACUUCAAAAUCAAAUGUGCCAGAAAUGAGAAGAAUCAGCCUGUUCACUUCCUGUUUGAUAACUGCCUGAACACACAGAGAACAGAUGAAACAGAGUAUGUUUUGGAGACUGCAUGGAAAGUAACAAAUAGAGGGAUGAGACAGUUCACAGCCUUCCUAGUAAAAACUGGACCUCAGAAGAUGAUGACAACAGUUGAAGUAUUGAAAGAACGCGUCAGACUGACGGCCUGCAUCCAAAACCUGCAAGACAAAAUCAAAUUUAUUGAACAGAAACAGACAGAAAUCAAGCAGACUGAGGAAGCCUUGAAGAAACAUGAGGAAGAGAUGAAGAAGAACAAAAACUUCACUGUUGAAGUUGAUGAGUUCUACAAAGAUAAAGAACCUAUCACUGGUGGGAUGUGGUUUUUGGUGUUUUACCAAGGAGCUGUCUGCUGUACAGUUUGUGAAGAGAACUGUCACUAUCCUGGAUGUACACUGGCCUGGAAACCUGCACAUUGUGAGGUCAUGAAAGACGGCCACUGCACUGCAUGCACCGGGAAAUGUCCUGAAUCAGAUCAUGUGAAAGAAAACUGGAGAUACGUGACCAAGACUAGAAGAGUGAAGAAGACCAACGCAGAAAUGAAACAGAAAUAUACAAACAAUCAGGCAGAAUGUGAGAUGAGUUCAAGUCUUUUGGAAGAGCUGAAUAAAGAAAUGAAUCAGCUGACACAAGAAAAGGCACGGUAUCUGCAGGAGGCCUACGAACAUGUUGUCAGACUGAAGAGGCUCACCUUGAAAGCUAGUUCAGUGUCCACUUACGUCCCCUUGGACUUCCUGAUUGAGAAGAUGGAGGAAACAGGAGACACAGUGAAGGUCCAGGAACUGCUGGAGAUGAAAACACAAGAGGAUGAAGGAUUCAUGGCAGCAGUGCAGCACAUUUGGAGUGCAGUAAAACAAGCUCGGGAAUAAAGGAUGUAAAUGAAAGACGUCACUGUGAUCGGACAAAAAGCUGUCCAUCGUCUGUAAAGGUGGAGGGAACCAAAGGCUAAAAAUCAUGUUUUUCUAUAUACUAACUUUAUUGGAAAAUAGAAAUGCUUUCAUCAUUUUAUCUUCAGCUCUGUGGGACAAUCUCCUCCUGACUGUUGAAAACUUCAGCUUCAAAAGCUUUAAACCAGCUACAGAAACAGGUUUAGUAUAUGUUCGAUCUUUUCUAAUAUUAUAUUGUCUUCUUUUAAUGCUUUAUAAUGUUUUGUAGAAUUUAAUGUUU